AUGGCUCCUUGCAGUGUCAUAGAGGCAGAAACAUUUAAAUGUGUCUCAUGCAAUCGUCUUGGUCAGCAUUCAUGUCUUCGUUGUAAGGCUUGUUUCUGUGAUGAACAUACAAGGAGUAAGGUGUUUAAGCAGGAAAAAGGAAAACAGCCUCCUUGCCCUAAAUGUGGACAUGAAACUCAGGAAACAAAGGAUCUUAGCAUGUCAACACGCUCACUGAAAUUUGGCCGUCAGACUGGAGUUGAAGAGGGGGAUGGAGCUUCUGGUUAUGAUGCUUAUUGGAAGAACCUUUCAUCCGACAAGUACAGUGAUGCAGGCUACCGUGAUGAGGAUGAUGAUGAAUAUGACGCAGAGGAUGACGAAGAGGAAGAAGAUGAAGGUGGAAAGGAUUCAGAUGCUGAAUCAUCUGAUUUAUUUACUAAUUUGAAUUUAGGAAGGACCUAUGCCAGUGGCUAUGCUCACUAUGAAGAACAAGAGAACUAGGGGAGCUGCUUGCCUGUUGGUGGUUGUGUAUGACAAGAGCCAAGAGCACAUGUCAUGAGGAAUCAUGUGGGUGUUCAGAAGUACUAGCACUUGACCUUGUUCUAUUACCAGUCCCACGAGACUAAGGAGUAGGGCACAGCAUUUUUAUAGGAACUGAUAAUCAGACUUUUAAUAUGAGAGAAAUGAGUUUCAAAUGUAAGACAUUUAUUGAUCCAGGCAAAUGAAAUAUCAUAGAUUAGAUUGCUACUGAUUUUAGUAAUUUCAUAGUUUUUGCCAAUCACAUACAUAUAAAAGAUAAAGGAAUAAAAUGGUAAUAUAUUUAUUUGAAAUUAAAUUACUGUUUUUAUUAAAGGAGCACUGCUUAGAAAUUCACUGUCUCGUUUUGUAAAAUGUAAUGGGUAAAAUGGAUUACUGUAUUUUUUCCUUUAUGUCUGUCCUCAGAAUGAAAGUCAUGUGUUAUUAUAUUCUAAAUUUUCAUUAAAUACUCAUGUUGUUAGUAGUCAUGCAUGUUUCAGCAUUUGGCCCAUUUAUCUCUCUUCACAAUAUAUAUCAUGAACAAUCCUUGUUUUAAUACCUAAAUGUAUUGACAAAGGUGACUGACUACCUAACCAUUUUUUAGAAUUAUGAUACCAGAAGUAGUAUUACAGAUGCCUUACCCAGGAAAUUUCAUUUUUUGGAAUAAAUGGAUGUAGUAUUUCA